AUGGCGACCCAGAAUCUGCGCGGACGACACUCGCGGCGCGAGAAGCCCGCCAACCAGUUCAAGUUUGAGUUCCAGAACGACAUAGCAGCCGGCGCAAACGGCGGCGGGAACCAAAGUGAGGAUGAGGCCAACAGGAUAGUUGCGCACAUGCGGGAGGAGGACAAUGCCAUCUUUGCGACACAUGCUACCUCACCCGACCAACACUUCCUACACGUCCGUGAUGCCGUAGAGGGCACUCGGGUAUUUCAGGUCGCACGUAUGAUGCCUAAAGGCGCUCAUCUGCAUCUCCACUUUAAUUCUACACUUCUGCCCGGUGUGCUUCUCGGUUUCGCCAAAGAUAUGGUUAAUAUGUAUAUCUGGAGCAACCAUCGGCUCCUCACCGACAGUGAUUUCAGGGACUGCAAGCUUGAAUUCAGCUUGCGCAACCUCGGACAGGUUCGCAAGGAGAUGCACGCGAAGGCCGCUGAAUCAGGUGACAGCUCAUUGUGCCAGAAACUUGCGCAGGCCGAAAGCCUCUCGGACGAAGCUGCCAAAACCCGCGCGUAUGAUAGGCUAGGCCCGGAUAUGUUCAGUCCCACAUACCAACACGGAAGGAAGGACAAAGGCCAGAAAGUAGAGGAAAUGCGCUAUCAGUAUUUUCGCGAGCGCUGGAAUGAAAAAGCUCGGGGUGACUGCGAUGAAUGGCUUAUCAGCAAGCUUACCUUCAGCAAGGAAGAAGUGGACUCAUUCUUCGUUGAAACCGAAGGUGACGAGCUUGAAUCCGAUUCAGAGGAACGAUCGCCAACGGUGAACUUGUCCCCGAUUACUCCGAUACAGCCUGCAUCAGUCGGGGUUGAGCCUCAGAAGUCUGAAGAAGAAUGGGUUAUACAGACCAGGAAAAAGGUUUUAGCGAGUGACUUUAAAGGCAAUCGUCUCAGCGCACGAAAAGCAUGGAGGGCGUUCAACGGACGUACUAAGAUGAUGAAAGGAUUGUUUAAUUACGAGACCGCCUUUCGACGAUAUACGCGCAAGUGUUUAGAAGAGUUUGUAAAAGAUAACGUCCAAUAUGCUGAGAUACGGCCAAAUUUCAUGCAAACGAAUCAGAUUCUCGAUGAUAGUGCCCAGACUAAAAUCGAUAAUUUUGGUACGAUGAGGUGUAUUAUUGAAGAAUACGAGAAAUUCAUGCAACACAUCGGCGACAUGGAUGCAGAUGGAAAGAUCAUUGACGACCCUGAUCAUCGGCCCACGUUUAGCGGAAUGAAGGUUAUUUACUGCACGCCACGUUCAUUUAAGCGGGAAGCCGUUAAGAAGGCCCUGGAUGAGUGCAUCGAGAUGAAGAAGAAAUGGCCUGAUUAUAUUGCGGGCUUCGAUCUCGUGGGCGAGGAAGCUUUCCCGAAGCCUUAUCCUCUUAGGUUCUUCGAGGAAGAGUUUCGAAACUUUAGAACGCAAUGCGAAGAAGAGAAACUCGACAUACCAUUUUUGUUUCAUUGUGGUGAAACGCCAGACGAUCUGGAGGGUAAUCUGGAAACAGCACUCAAUCUCGAUGCCAAGCGCAUCGGCCACGGCUAUGCUUUGCCAGAGAAGCCAGCGGUUCUGAGGAAAAUGAAGAGUAAGAAUAUGUGUGUAGAGACUUGCCCUAUUUCCAACAUGGUCCUGGGUCUGGCAAAGUGCAUGGAUGAGCACAGCGUGUAUAGGCUUCUCGAAGAAAAGAUGCCUUGUGCAGUGAGCAGCGAUAACGGCACACUCUUCAAGUCUACACUCUCACAUGAUUUCUACGAGGUCAUGGCAGGCAACAAGAACAUUAACCUGUAUGGAUGGAAGCAACUGGCCCGUUGGAGUAUAGAACACUCAUGCUUGAGCCCAGAAGAGCUCCGAAGAACUCUGACUGAAUGGGAGAAACGCUGGCAAGAGUUCAUCAAUACCAUUAUUAAGGGCUCAAGCGUGGGAUCGCACCUUGCAAACCCUCAGCAAUUAGCAGCAUUAAGGGACGAUGCCGAGGCAAUAAAACUAGCUAAGCUUUGA